AUGGGUCGUCUUGUGAGAGCCUUAGAGAACUACGGUUUGACGCCUCAAGACGCUGCUGGAGUCGCCGGCACCUUCCUCGUGGUGAAGUAUGCAACGCUGGCCGCCUUCGUCCCAGCUUGCCACUAUGUGCAGCCUAUUAGACGUCUUUUCUGGCACCCUUCUCGGGAGCUUGCAGGGAGGAUGCUGGAACAAUAUAGGCUGCGCAGUAAAGUGCGAGGACAUGGUCGGAGUGGUGCUGCUGUUAGUGGUGGCGGCUUCAGUGGUGGGCUUGGGCUAGUGCCUCAGACGGCUAGACUCAAGCUAGCGGCGACGCGAGCUCGUCAACGAGCGUGGCUUGAGCGACAGAAGGAAAUGGUGGCGUUGCGGAAAGCGGGUUGGAAGGGCCGCUUUAGGGGCUUCAAGGAACAGCAGUCGAGUUCUACAUGGGGGAGGAAGGUGUUCGAGUGGAGCGACAAGUUCGCGGAACGAGCUUCGCAGGCUUGGGUGUGGCGCAGUGUAGCCAGAAUGUUCCGUAUACCUCCCAAAGUCCUUGCCUGGGACGUGGCUGAGGCCUUUGUCACCUACAAGCUCACAUUCAUCUUCCAUGCUCCUCUCGAGCUGUAUAUCAUCGUUAAGUGGUUCAAAGCGCGUCGGGCGAAUUUGGAUGAAUUUAUGGAGGAAUCGCCGAAACUGUUGGAGAUAGUGGAGGAGGAAGAGCCCUUGUCGAAUGCGACGACGCGGUCUCGGUUCGUAGCAGACGUAACGUGGAAGCCCAUGUUCUACUAUCGUCCUUUGUGCGACCUCCGCCCGGGUGGCUCCGAUGGCAGCGUCCGACCCGAAUGCUUCUUUUCGGAAAAGAGGGCCAGGGGUGAGGGACGCUUGGAGACAAUGAAUAAAACUUUGGUAUUCAUUCACGCCAUGAAUCCCUAUGGAAUGGCUCAUUAUAGGAGAUUCAACGAGGAGAAUGUCGACCUCAACAGGAAUGGUCUUGACGCUCAUGAAUUUCAUUAUCUCAUCAACGAGCGAGAUCCGAAUGUUGCCGGGUACGGUAUCAGCCACGUGAAGCGGGCGGUGGUUAGUGCACAGUAUACGAAACCUUCCGGACUGUUUUAUGGCGGUCAGAAGCUGCAAAGAUCAUACGAAAUAAUGACUGAAGUCUUGACAGAUGUGGGAGUAUUCGAUGGACACACUACGAUGAUCGACGUGCACACUGGGCUUGGCCCGAGUGGAAUCGAUACACUUAUAACGAGCGAUCUGAUUCGUUUGAUGUCGUUUCAGUUGGAUUAUUUCACGACGUUGUUGAAGUCUCGCGAGCCGGUGAAUGCUUCCCCUGUGGAGUGCGCAGCAGUCAACUGCGUUUAUGAGCAUGACCAGUCGGGCUUCGGCGCGGAUGUGAUCCAGGGAUAUGAUAAAGUUCAAGGCGACGCUGGCAGUUAUUGGAGACGAAAAAGGACUCCUGAAUGGAAGAGCAGCCUUAUUGACAGGUGA